AUGGCUUCUAAGGAUGUCGAGAUCGCCAAGUUGCGCGCCGAAUUGGCAGCUGCCAACGAAGCCACCCGGGCUGCCGAAGAGGAUGCCCUGGCUGCUAAAGAAGCCCUCCUGCCGAUGUCACUGGAGCCGUACCUGGCAGCCUGUCACACGCUUAGCCGCGCCAUCGUCGUCGUCACAGACCGCUCGUUAACCACUCAGGGCGAUGUCACGGACCCCGUUGGGCGCAUCUACCCGCGGCGCAUUGUCCCGUGGGACAACUUUCCGGCGCGGCAAGGCGAGACCUGGCGACUGCUGCUGUCCGCCGAAUCGGCCACCGGCGGCACGGACGCGGCGACCUCCUCGUUUGCCUCGCGGCGGGCGUUUCUGUCUCAGAACCAGAUCGACUACGUCCUGUCGGUCAACAGCCCCAUUAGUAGCGAGCAUGGCUUGCGCUACUUUGAGCGCGACACGGUCGAAAUCCCCGUGCGCAAACUCAUGGCUACCGCAUUCGACGACGCCGUGCUGCGCCGCCGCUUUGGUCUCCGCGGCGCCGUGGACUUUGAGAGCCACACCAACCUCGGCGACGAGAAGGCGGUGGGGGAUGUCGCCGACGGAACUGCCGAUCCAAAGCUUGUCCAUCGGCUGCACCGUGUUGCUAUCGGCCGUGGGCGGGGUACGAUGGCAGACCAGUUCUGCAUCUAUCGGAGGGCAGACGGUGCCGACAUCCCGGUCACCGCUAUCGAAUACAAAGCACCGCACAAACUCACUGCAGACGAGAUCACCACAGGGCUGGCCGCCGCCAUAGAGCCGGACCGCGACAUCAUCAACCGCGACGCGGCAGACGGCGAGUCCGCGUUUGUCUUUGCGUCCAAGUCCCUGGCCGCCGCCGCCGUGACACAACUCUUCUCAUACAUGGUUGGCAAAGGCAUCCAGUAUGGCUACAUCUGCACGGGCCAGGUCUUUGUCUUUUUGUUUAUCCCCGACGACCCAACCACUGUCUUUUACCACGUCUGCGUACCGAAUGUCGACGUAGACGACGAUGUAGACGACGAUGACAGCAGCAUCCGGCUCCAGCGCACUGCGGUCGCCCAGGUGUUUGCUUUUACGUUGCAGGCUCUUGGCGCCGUGCCGCCGACCGCAGCUUGGUUCAGUGCUGCCGCCAAACUCGGCACGUGGGCCGUCGAAUACGACGAUAUCCUCCGCAGAAUCCCGCCGUCGGUGCGUAAGACAAAGGAGAACGCGUCGCCCUACAAGCCGAGCCGUUGGCGGGGCUCCUCGCGGGACUCACCCGUGAAAACGCGCUCGUCACGAAACAAGCCUGGGCAUGCCGGGCCCUCCCAGAGACGUAAAAAUGAUAGCGACGACAGCGACAACGACAACAGGGACAGCAACGAUAGUAGCCAUAGUUACGGCAGCAAUGACGGCAACGACAGUGACAAAGACGGUGGUGGCGGCGGCGGUGGCGGCGGCGGCAACAAUAACGGCAACGAGGGUGGCGGCCGCAGUGGGAAAAGCUCCGCCCACCGACCGGGAGGCACACCGCCCUCGCCAAGCCCAAGUGGGCGUGCUAGCAAACGGCGUGCAGCCGAAGACAACACGGCAAACAACGGACCGGGCGCCAAAAAGCGGCAGCAAGUACAUCUGGCCGCGCAGACACGGACGCCCAUUCAAGAGCAGCCGUACUGCACGCAGCGAUGCCUCCUAGGCCUUGUCUCUGGCGGGCCGGUCGACGCGGCCUGUCCCAAUGCUGCAACGCACGGUCCCCAACACCAGAUCGACGCCACGACGUGCAUGCGCCUGCUGGCCAAGCAAAUAGCGCUGGAUCGGGAUCGCGACGCCGACUUCGCUCCAAUGUUCAUGUCGGGGUUGAUUGGCGCGCUCUACAAGGUGCGGCUGACCGCAUAUGGCUACACGCUGGUGGGCAAGGCAGUCGAGACGGCGAACCGCCCCUUUUUGCAAAUGGAGAAGAACGUUUACGGCCGGCUGCAACCCAUGCAGGGCGAGCAGAUCCCGGUGUGCCUGGGCCUGGCGGACCUUGCCCUACCGCUGUACGGUUACGGCGGUGUUUUCCACCACAUCCUGCUGCUCAGCUGGGCCGGGCGGUCCCUCGCACGCUAUGCGGCGGACGAUGCUGCCUACAGCGGCCUCAGCUGCGCCACGGCCGUCCCCGCCGUCGAAGCGGCAUUCCGGCAGAUGCACGAGCUGGGCGUGCUGCACGGCGACGCCGAGCCACGCAACAUUUUGUAUGACGCCGGAACCAAGACACUGAUGGUGGUGGAUUUUGAGCGCUCUGAAUUGCACACCCCAUCCGUGCCGAUGCCACUUGCGUCCGUCCAUCCUAACGGCCGGCGCCGCAAGACGGCAAAGAAACGAAGAACAAAGACAGAGACGGCGGCACCGACUACCGCGAAUCAAGAAAGGGCGACCUUGGGUCGUUUUACGCGCGAGCUGCGCUGUAUUGCUGACAGCUGCGCACGAUGCCUUACUUAUUCGUAG